AUGCCGCUUUCGAGUACCUGUCAAAGCUGUGCCAAGUCCAAGGUGCGGUGUGUACGGAAUAGUGCACAGUCAGAUAUCUGCUCUCGGUGUGCACGAUUGAACAAGCAAUGUAUAUAUCGCGAGACCGGUCGGCGGUUUAAGGGCUUCAAAAAAGACCGGCAAAUUGAAGCUCUUGAGUCAAAGAUCAAUGAACUCAUGACCAACUCUGAAUCAACUUCAACAAACCCAGCAGCCCCUGAGAAUGCUACAUGCAACCCAAACGGUGAAGUAACCGACGAGGCCACGAUGGACGUUAUUGCCCGAGGUCUAGUAAAUAUGGAAACUGCACAGUCUUUCUUAGAUAUCUAUAAAACGGAAAUGACGUUACAUUUUCCAUUCGUCGUUAUCGCACCGCAAGUCACGGCCCCAGACCUUCGGCAAGAAAAGCCAUUUCUCUUCUUGGCUAUUCUCGCAUCUGCGGCAUACGCCAAUAUGCCACUGCAGAGAUUGCUGGGCAAGGAGAUAAAGAGAGUCAUUGCUUCUUGCAUGAUUAUGCGCGGAGACGUUUCGUUUGAGUUGUUACAGGGAAUGCUGGUCUUCCUCGCUUGGUCCCAUUACCACUCCCGACCUCAUCGCUAUACGCAGUUUCUACAGCUAGCCAUAAGUCUUAUGGUCGAGCUGCGGUUGGAUCGACCACCACAGACGAAGACAUGGAAGACGGCGCUCAGAUUCAACAAAGAGUAUGCACUCGACGAUGAAAAUUAUGUUCGGCCAUCUUGGGGCCUGGAUGAGCAGAGAGCCAUUGUUGGGUGUUAUUACCUGUCAUCCACGAUUGCCAUCCUCCUACAUAAGCCGUCUUGUUUCCCAAGUAUAGCCCCUUAUCUCGAACAAUGCUGCCAGUCUCUACACACCGAAGGUGAAUUCCCCCCUGACAAGCACAUCAUGCACAUUUUUCAAUUGCAGGUUCUCGCAGAAAAGAUUAACAAUCUGUCUUGGAAACAUGGCAUCGAACUGGGCAGCAUGGGAUCUGCGGCGGAGCUGUAUGUCAGCAACAUUAAAUCUGAAUUGGAUAGAUUACGUAGUCAGCUUCCUGUUGGCUUCUAUGAAACUCCAUUUAUGGCUAUGCAGUUCUAUACCACAGAGCUAUACCUCUACCAACUGAGCCUUUCUCAACAGAGUGCGCUGUCUUAUCGGUCGGUAUAUUCCAGAGUCUCUGAGACAUGGUGGGAUGAGAUCUUCUGUUCUGGCCUUACUGCGGUAGAUAAUAUCCUAAACACGUAUAUGGGGCUACCGAUAGGGGGCGAACAGGGGUUCAACAACACGCAGUGGGUACAAAUGGCGUUCUGCAUCCUAGUUGCUUGCAGGCAAAUCGUCGCAGCUUCACGGAUGGGAAAGGCAGCCCUACUUCCACAGAGUCGUACAUGGCCGGAAACUUUGGGGAAACUACGGCAGCGCCUAGCAGCAUUAUCUACAACGCAGGUGGAUCUGGACGGCGAUCGGGACGUCUUUGUUAACUUUGAGAAACGUGUUUCUCGCAUCCAGGGCUGGUUUGAUCGCAACUUGGAGAGCCCAGAAACAACCUAUCCUUCUACGAGCCUCGCUGCAGGGCAAGAUGUAGGCCAAGAUACUACGACAGAACUGUCGUAUGACACUUCAACUGUACCCUUGGAGAUGCCCGAGGAUCCGUCAUUGAUUGGCUAUGAUUUCCAAUUGGCUGCACAAUUUUUCCUCCCUCCCAAUCUUGAAAUGAUGACUGAUUGGAUGUAA